GCGUGGGGCACGCGGAGCGAGGUGAGCCGCUGCGUCUCUCAGCUGGGCAGCAAGCGCAUGUGGGCUCUCCGCUCGCUGCUGCUGCGCUCCGCGGCCGGGCGCACCAUGUCGCAGGGGCCCGCCCGCCGCUCGCGGCCGCCCAAGGACCCGCUGAGGCACCUGCGCACGCGAGAGAAGCGCGGCUCGUCGUGGGAGCCCGGGGGCCCGAACACCGUGUACCUGCAGGUGGUGGCGGCGGGCGGCAGGGACGCGGGCGCGGCGCUCUAUGUCUUCUCCGAGUACAACCGGUAUCUCUUCAACUGCGGGGAAGGAGUCCAGCGACUCAUGCAGGAGCACAAGCUGAAGGUGUCUCGUUUGGACAACAUAUUCCUGACCCGAAUGCACUGGAGUAACGUUGGGGGAUUGUGUGGAAUGAUUCUUACUCUAAAGGAAACCGGGCUCCCAAAGUGUGUGCUUUCUGGACCUCCACAACUGGAAAAAUACCUAGAAGCUAUCAAAAUAUUUUCUGGUCCAUUGAAAGGAAUAGACCUGGCUGUGCGGCCCCACUCCGCACCCGAAUAUAAGGAUGAGACCAUGACGGUGUUCCAGAUCCCCAUAUACAGUGAAGAGAAGUGUGGAAAUCACCAGCCAGCACAGAGUCCAGACAGGCGCAGUCCAGAGCAGUCUUCCGACUCUGCAUCCUCUGAAAACGAGCAGCGCUUGCCAGAUGGUGUCAGCCAGAGAAGGGGUGGCAGGGACCCCUCCUUGGUCGUAGCUUUCGUCUGUAAGCUUCACCUGAAGAAAGGAAACUUCCUGGUGCUCAGAGCCAAGGAGCUGGGCCUCCCAGUGGGGACAGCUGCCAUCGCUCCCAUCAUUUCUGCCGUCAAGGAUGGGAAAAGUGUCACUUUUGAGGGAAGAGAGAUUUUGGCUGAAGAGAUCUGUACUCCCCCGGACCCCGGGCUCGCUUUUGUUGUGGUCGAGUGUCCAGACGAAGGAUUCAUUCAACCCAUCUGUGAGAACGCUGCUUUCCAGAGGUUCCAAGGAAGUGCCGAUGCCCCCGUGGCCCUGGUGGCUCACCUGGCCCCGGAGAGUGUGCUUGCGGAUGGCAGGUACCAGCAGUGGAUGGAGAGGUUUGGACCUGACACCCAGCACCUGAUCCUGAAUGAGAAGUGUACGUCCGUUCACAACCUCCGGAGCCACAAGAUCCAGACACAGCUCAACCUCAUCCACCCUGACAUCUUCCCCCCGCUCGCCAGCCUCCGCUGUAAGGAGGAAGGCGCCGCCUUCUCUGUGCCCACGGUCCGCGCCGAAUGCCUCCUCAAGUACCAGCUCCGGCCCCGGAGGGGGUGGCAGAGGGAUGCUCUUCUAACUUGCAAUCCUGAUGAAUUCAUAGCCGAGGCAAUGGAGCUCCCCAAUUUCCAAGAGAGUGUGCAGGAGUAUAAGGAGACCGCACAGAACAGCCCAGCCCCAGCCGAGAAAAAAGCCCGGUAUCCAGAAAUCAUCUUCCUGGGAACAGGGUCCGCCAUCCCCAUGAAGAUUCGAAAUGUCAGCGCCACGCUCGUCAACCUCAGCUCCGACAAGUCCCUGCUGCUGGACUGUGGGGAAGGUACGUUUGGGCAGUUGUGUCGUCACUACGGCGAUGACGUGGACAGGGUCUUGGGCAGCCUUGCUGCUGUGUUCGUGUCCCACCUGCACGCAGAUCACCACACGGGCUUGUUAAAUAUCCUGCUGCAGAGAGAACGCGCUUUGGCAUCUCUGGGAAAGCCCUUUCACCCUUUGCUGGUGGUUGCCCCAACCCAGCUCCGGGCCUGGCUCCAGCAGUACCACAACCAGUGCCAGCCGCUCCUGCACCACGUCAGUGUGAUCCCUGCCAGAUGCCUUCAGAAAGGAGCCGAGGUCUCCAGCUCCACACUUGAGAGCUGGAUUGGCUCACUGCUGAGAGGCUGUGAUCUGGAGGAGUUUCAGGUCUGCCAGGUCCGGCAUUGCAAGCAUGCUUAUGGCUGCGCGCUGGUCCAUACGUCUGGCUGGAAGCUGGUCUACUCAGGGGACACCAUGCCCUGCGAGGCUCUGGUCCAGAUGGGGAAAGAUGCCACCCUCCUGAUUCAUGAGGCCACGCUGGAAGAUGGUCUGGAGGUGGAAGCUGUGGAAAAGACACACAGCACCACCUCGCAGGCGAUCGGUGUGGGGAUGCGCAUGAACGCCGGGUUCAUCAUGCUGAACCACUUCAGCCAGCGCUACGCCAAGAUCCCCCUCUUCAGCCCGGACUUCAACGAGAAAGUCGGCAUUGCCUUUGACCACAUGAAGGUGCGGCUCGGAGACCUCUCCACGGUGCCCAGGCUGAUGGCCCCGCUGAAAGCUCUGUUUGCUGACGACCUUGAGGAGAUGGAGGAGCGCCGGGAGAAGCGGGAGCUGCGGCUGGUGCGGGCGGCCCUGCUCUCCCAGGCGCAGGCGGGCAGAGCUGAGGACAGUGAGCCCCCGCGGAAACGGGCCCAUACAGAGGGGCCUGCCAGCCCACAGAGGAAGGUCAGGGCAGAAUGAAGGCCAGGAGCGGCCCUGAACUUGGAAGGCUCACGCCCCACCCCGCACAGGGUCCCGAGUGCGCCCUCUGCCUGGUGGGAGCCGAGGGCACUGUGGAACGGGCGGCACACAGGAACGGCGGUGGGAGCUGGGCCUUGGCUUGGGUUCCAGGUGAGGACUGCGUGCUGGACAUGUCACGAAUGUGCCUGGCGGAGCCGUGGACAGGAGGCUGCGAGGAAAGAAAACGGAAUUCGGUGCCAGUGACUUAAGUCACGUAGAAGAACGCAUACCAGGCCUGUUCCCGCCAAGCCGUGCCCUCCGCACACCAGAGACAGGCUGUCGGGGAACACGGGUCGUGGAUGUGACGUCUCAGUGCCCAAGGCUCCAGGCUCCAGGCUCAAGGAGUAGUGUUUCCAGAGCCCAGAACUCAAUAAAGAUUCCUGCGGAACAA